GGUGCGGCCAACUUCCGUUUCCGGCUGCCUGGCCACGAGGAUCCGGCAAGCCCAGCCAGCGGGAAAAUGCGGCCUUUGACUGAAGAGGAGACCCGUGUCAUGUUUGAGAAGAUCGCGAAAUACAUCGGGGAGAAUCUCCAGCUGCUGGUGGACAGGCCGGACGGCACUUACUGCUUCCGGCUGCACAACGACCGGGUGUACUAUGUGAGUGAGAUGAUCCUGAAGCUGGCCGCCAACAUCUCCGGGGAUAAGCUCGUGUCGCUGGGGACGUGUUUUGGAAAAUUCACUAAGACCCACAAGUUCCGGUUGCAUAUUACAGCUCUAGAUUUCCUUGCUCCCUAUGCCAAGUAUAAAGUGUGGAUAAAGCCUGGAGCAGAGCAGUCGUUCCUGUAUGGAAACCAUGUGUUGAAAUCUGGUCUGGGUCGAAUCACUGAAAACACUUCUCAGUAUCAGGGUGUUGUGGUUUACUCCAUGUCAGACAUUCCUUUGGGUUUUGGGGUAGCAGCAAAGUCUACACAAGAAUGCAGGAAAGUAGACCCCAUGGCAAUAGUGGUGUUUCAUCAAGCAGACAUUGGAGAAUACGUACGGCACGAAGAGACACUGACUUAAAAAUGAAGUCAUUGCAAAGACUUACGGCUGCAUGGAAGGGCCUGGCUUUGUUUCCUGUGUGUGCUGAUGUCAUGUUGAAUUUGGACAACACUGCAAACUUCUAUAUGGCCUUCACUGAUAUAUGCAAGCUGGAUUCUCACUAUACAGAAACUGCUUGAGUAGGGGGGUUUCAUGCCCUCCAUAGGCAAAGGCAGGAAGAUCACCUGUGUAAGGUCAACUUGGGCUACAUGACAAGUUCCAGUCCAGCCUGGGUACUGAGACCCUGUCU